UGCCUGUCUGACAAGGUGGUAAUAAAGGAUCCAUUUGGCCUUCCUGGACCUCCAAAGAAACCUAAAGUGUCUGACUGCACCAGGUCCUCUAUGCUGGUAUCCUGGGAACCUCCUCUGGACAAUGGGGGCUCUCCAAUCACUGGCUAUUGGCUGGAGAAGAGAGAAGUUGGAGGAGUAUAUUGGGGGCGUGUAAACAGAGCACCAGUCACUAAACCUGCUGUGAAAGGUCUAGAAUUCAAUGUACUGCGCUUGAUUGAAGGUGUGGAAUACCAAUUCAAAGUUAUGGCUAUCAAUGCUGCUGGAGUGGGCCCCCCAAGUGAGCCAUCAGAUCCUGCUCUGGCUGCUGAUCCAAUCUUUGCUCCAGGUGCUCCCUCUUGCCCAGAUGUGAAAGACAAAACCAAGAACAGUGUGUCUCUUGCCUGGAAGAAACCAGAAAAAGAUGGAGGCAGUCCAAUCAAGGGCUACUUGGUUGAAAUGCAGGAAGAAGGCAGCUCAGAAUGGAAGAAUGUCAAUGAACCUGACAAGCUCUUUCCCACAUGUGAAUGUGUGGUCCCCAACCUCCAAGAACUCAAGAAAUACAGAUUUAGAGUUAAGGCAGUUAAUUCCGCUGGUGAAUCUGAGCCCAGCCUUGCAACUGGAGAAAUACCUGUGAAGGAAAUACAAGAGGAGCCAGAUAUCUCAAUUGAUCUGAAGGCACAAGACUAUCUGAACUGUCGUGCUGGUAGCCAAAUCAAAAUUUCUGCCAUCAUCAGAGGCCGCCCUGUACCUAAAACCUCCUGGGAGUUUGACGGUGUGGCACAGAAAGAACUUAAGGAUCAAAUCCACAACAUUCCAGUUGAUUCACAGGUUGAAACAACUGACACUACUUCAGUUAUUAUCAUUCCUGCAUGUAAAAGAGAACACUCUGGAAAAUAUAGCAUCACUGCCAAGAACAAAGCUGGGCAGAAAACUGUCAAUGUCAGGGUCAAUGUUCUGGAUGCUCCUGGGCCACCAAAGGAUCUAAAAGUUAGCGAUGUAACUAGAUCUACCGCUAAACUCACAUGGAAAGCCCCAGAUAAUGAUGGUGGAGACAGAAUUAGGAACUACAUCAUUGAAAAGAAGACAGUGGAAGGAAAAUCAUGGGGCAAGGUUGCUACCGACUGUGCAGGCACUUCAUUUACUGUACCUGACCUCAUUGAUGGACAGGAAUAUUUCUUCAGGGUAACAGCCGAAAAUAGAUUUGGCACUGGACCUCCAAUUGCAACCAUUCAAAGAACAAGAGCAAGAGAUCCAAUCCAUCCACCUGAACCACCAACCCGACUAAAGGUUGGCCUUGUGACAAAGAAUUCUGUGGCACUAUCUUGGAAGCCACCAAAGAAUGAUGGUGGGGCACCUGUAACCCAUUACAUCAUUGAACGCUUAGUUUGGGAUCCAAGUGGAGAAGGCAAAGAAACCUGGAAGCAAUGCAACAAACGGGAUGUAGAAGAAACAAAAUUUCAUUGUUGAAGACCUGAAGGAAGGUGGAGAAUAUGAGUUCCGUGUCAGAGCUGUGAAUGAAGCUGGACAUAGCAAACCAUCUUCAACUGCUGGCCCA